CGUGCUUGGUCAUCGGACAUGGCAGACCGCAACAACAACAACAGCAAGGCUCAGAAACGUCGCAUCGACAAGCGCGAUUUCGACGCCAACAGACCGCUCCUCGCAGACUAUGGCACGGACGAGGAAGAUGGACAGUUACCGGGCAGGUCAGAGCCGGAGUCGCGAACGUCGAGGUUCUCCGGUGACGGCGACCGGCCGAGCGAAGGCCUGCUCAGUGAAGUGGUAGAGAACAUUGUGGAAAGGGACCGACAGAGGCUGAAGAGCGAAAUUGUCCGGAUCCUGAGCUUUACGUGGAGUAUCAUUGCCUGUCUCGGUGCCGGCAGCUUGACAGCCUUUUCUCUAUACGGACCUCUAUUCCUCACUCGCCUACAAUAUUCACAAGCGCGCGUAAACGGCGUUUCCAUUGCAGCAGAGAUAGCAAUGUAUCUGCCCGUUUCGGUCUUCGGGUACCUCUGCGAUCGAUACUCUCCGUCUCCCGUUUCGCUGCUGGCCGGGGUACUGUUCGGAGUCGGAUACUUGCUGGCCGCACUAUCGUAUAGGAGUGGGCCACCGGUCGAUGUGGGCGGGACGGGGUGGCCGUACUGGACUAUGGUUGUGGCCUUUGUCUUUAUUGGCAUGGGUACGUGCUGUCUGUACGGAGCUGCCGUGACGACAUGCGCGAAGAACUUUGGCAGAGGGAAAAAUAAGGGCAUUAUGCUAGCAUGCCCGAUUGCUGCAUUCGGGUUAAGUGGUAUCUGGCAGAGCCAGGUGGGAAGUCAUUUGCUGUGUGAAAGGCUCGAAGACGGAUCUUGCGGCGAGGUGGAUGUGUUCCGAUAUUUCAUUUUCUUGUCUAUACUGUUGCUGGUCAUUGGCGCGGGCGGCACAGCAGCGUUGCAGAUUGUCGACGACGAAGAGCAGGAAAAGUAUAUCGAUGAAGCCGUCUCGGAACUUGAAAGGAGCGGUAUACUCGGAGAAGGUGGUUUCUUUCGUCCUCGCGAGGAAGUCAUUGCUGCAUACGGCACAUUUCAGAACAACAAUGACGGCGAAGAUGAUUUUGACGAUGAAGAUGACAACGAAACAGACCAACGCUCUGUUACACUGUCUGAAGAGGAACGCAUAGAACAGCGCCGCAAGUUAGGGCGUGAGGAAGAGGAGCGUCGAAAAAAGAACUGGCUUUUGAACCACGAGACUAGACUUUUCUUCAAAGACCACACCAUGUGGUGGCUUGCUGCUGGGUUCUUUUUCGUGACAGGGCCAGGGGAGGCCUACAUCAACAAUCUUGGAACGAUUAUUCAAACCCUGACGCCAAUUUCAUACCCAGCACAGGCUCCACCACCAGCAGGCCUUGCCUCGACACACGUCGGCACCAAUGCCCUCGCCUCGACUGCUGCUCGCCUCCUUGUCGGCUCCAUCACCGACAUAUUCGCUCCUCCCGCAACCCAUCAGUUCAUCUACAGCCUAGAAAACCCAAACCGGCAACCCGUGCCUCGCUCAAAUGGCAUCACACUAUCCCGUCUCGCUUUCCUCCUCCCUUGUGCCCUAAUCCUCUCCCUCGGCUUUCUCCUCCUCGCCUCCCCUUUAACCAUACACCACCCAGAACUAUUCCACGUCACCACCGCCUUUGUCGGCUUCGGCUACGGCGCCUCCUUCGCGCUGAUGCCUAUUAUCAUCUCUGUUGUCUGGGGCGUGGAAAACUUUGGCACAAACUGGGGCAUUGUUGCCAUGGUGCCUGCUGCCGGGGCCGCCUUUUGGAGCCUUGUGUAUUCCGUGGGCUACCAGGAUGCAAUCGAUACUGAUCCGACGGAUCGCCGCGGCCAGUGUUUUGGUUGGAAGUGUUUUGGGUUCUGGGCGGUGGGCUGUAUGCUUAGUGUUUGGGCGGCCAUUGCGGUGUGGUUAAUGGCGUGGAGGGGGUGGAAGAGGAGAGGUAUAGUUGUAUAG